AAUGAUAUACGAUCCGCAAUACUCCAUUCACCAGCAUUCCGCUCACAAAAGCGCCAUAAGACACACCACCCACGAAAUACGCAAUGGCAAAGCCAAAAGUCGGCGAAUCGCUUCAGGAGCAAUCAUUAACGUUCUCAGAGGCGCCGCUAAUGGCACACGAAAAUGGCAAGCAGGAGGAGCGACCCCAGUGGAGCUGGGCCCUCAAUUGGGCGGCAAUCGGAUCGUCGCUCGGCGCGGCGGUUCCCGUGGGCUAUUGCACAGGAGUGAUGAAUAGUCCCGCUGAACUCAUGCGCUCCUGGUGCAACGAGACACUGAUUGCCAGCUAUGACCUGAACUUGAGCGAUGCGGGUUUGGAAAUACUGUGGUCUGCCAUAGUCUCAAUAUUCCUCGUGGGAGGCGCCAUCGGAUCUGUUGUUGGAGCCACCAUGGCCAACCGGUUCGGACGUCGCGGCUGCUUCUUCAUCUGCGGCCUCCUUCUGGCGCUGGGAGCCAUUAGCUUUUACGCCUGUCGACCCUUGGGUUCUGUGGAGCUACUGCUGCUGGGCCGGAUGUUGGUUGGUCUGGCCGGCGGCCUGCUAACAUCCUUUAUGUCCAUGUGGCACAGCGAAAUCUCGGCUCUCUCCCAGCGCAGCACCUUGGCUCCCCUCUGUCCAAUGGGCUUGACCUUGGGAGUGGUGAUUGCGCAGGUCUGCAGCCUGCGGUCGGUGCUCGGAGGUCCUGAGAACUGGCACUUGGGCCUCGCAUUCUACGGUCUUCUCGUGCUCGUGUGUUAUGCACCUUUCAGGUGGUAUCCUGAGAGCCCCAAGUGGUUGUUCAUCGUCCGAGGUCGAAAGGAGGAUGCUCGUCGCCAGCUUCAGCUACUAAGGGGAUACACGGCUGGCAGCGCCGCACUGAAGGCCGAGAUGGAGGAGAUGGAGCAGGAAUCUGCCUGCGAGGUGCAGACCAGCGGCUUGAUGCAGGUCCUGCGUGACCCCAAAUUGCGGCUUCCGCUGAUCAUCGUCUGCGCCUUUCUUGGUGGCCAACAGCUGUCUGGCAUUAAUGCUAUAUUUUACUACUCAGUCUCCAUUUUCCGAAAGGCGGGUCUUUCAAGUCAGGCUGCUGAGUGGGCCAACCUAGGUGCGGGUUCCCUCAACUUGUUCGCCUCCAUGCUGGGCCCCGUGCUGCUGGAACGAGUCAAUCGCCGACCACUGAUGCUUUUCUCCACAUUCUUCUGCACAGUCUUCCUGCUUUUGUUUGCCGUAAUGCUCUUCUUCAUCGAGAGCUACAGCUGGUUUGGUAUGGGAUGCAUUGGCUGCAUUUUCCUGUACAUUUUCUUCUUCCAAUUUGGCCUGGGCCCAAUGCCGUUCUUCAUCGGAGCAGAACUGUUUGAGCUGGCUACCCGCCCAGCCGCCAUGUCGUUGGGAAGCUUGGCGUACUGGCUGUGCAACUUUAUUAUCGGAAUGGCGUUUCCCACGAUGCAGAACCUCUGGGGCGCCUUAGUUUUUUUGCCCUUCUCGGUGACCUGCCUCCUCAUAUUUUGCCUGACAAAACGCUACUUGCCAGAGACGCGAGGACGCGAUCCCUCAGAGGUGGCGCCUCUCGUCGCUUUGGGCUUUAAAUCAAAGGUGAUGCUCCCGAAGCAGACGUCGAUUUAAUAUUAAACCAACUCCAUAGCAAUGAGACAACCAA